AUGCCGGGCUCGUGCCAGGAACUCCGCGAUGCGGUGGCUCAAUGCCUCCAGAACUCGGACUGUAUCAUGGUCCAGCGCAAUAAGCCCGCGGACUGUCUCAGAUCACCAAACUUCGAGACCCUCUCCGAACAAUGUCAGCAGCUAGGCAAGGCCUUUAACCAGUGCAAGCGCAAUCAGAUCGAUAUGACGAAGCGAUUCCGUGGAAAUACCCCCAUUGCCGCCGCGAAGGAAAUGGAGGGCCGCAAGUCGGGCUCUUCGGACCAGCUGUAUGCCGGUCGUCCUGCUUAUACAACUGUGAAGGAACUGAGCGGAGAUGAGGUACAAAUGGACCCGGAGAAGACACGAGGUCUGUGA